CUUUACGGCUCAUUUUUAACGUCCUAAUUUAUUCAAACAGAAGACGCGGGAAACGUUCAUCGGAAUAAUCUCGUUUAUUCUGUUGUGGCGGUUAAUGACGGUUGGUGACGGUUACGCGCUCAACUCGCGCUCGGAUCUGAAUUAUGUGAAAUCGCCGAUGCGCCGCUGACUGAACCGAAGAGAACCGAACCGAACCGGAACCCUGGAGCGAUCGAACUGCGACUCCCGCUGGACUGAUCGAGCUGGUCGGAUGGAUUGAUCAGGAGCAGUUCAGGAUGAGUGAGGGAGUUCAGAGAGUUCUGGCACCGGUUCUGCUGCUGCUUCUCCUGGGAUCUUCAACACAGUCCAGGGAACAUCAGGUGGUGCGCGAGGUGCGUUCGGGCACGUGUGAGGUGGUGGCGCUGCAUCGUUGCUGCAAUAGGAACAAGAUCGAGGAGCGAUCGCUGACGGUCAAGUGCUCCUGCUUCCCGGGACAAGUGGCGGGAACGACCCGCGCGGCUCCGUCCUGCGUCGACGCCUCGAUCGUGGCGCAGAAGUGGUGGUGUCAGAUGCACCCGUGUCUGGAUGGAGAGGAGUGUAAGGUUCUGCCGGAUCACGGAGGCUGGAGCUGCGCCACGGGGAACAAGAUCAAGACCACCAAGAUUUCCUCGGACCGGGAUCAGCUCUGGUGACCACUGGAAACCGGAUACAGGUGAGCUGGCCU